GGGAGCUCCCUCGUCACCCUGGGUCCUGGCAUUUGGACUGUGUGGUCUAGCCAAGCUCUUGUCUACUCAAGGUUAUGGCAACUCCAGUUUUUCUUGAAUGUGAAAGCCCAUCUGUUUGGGGAGAAACGGAGAAGCCUGAAAAACUAUCCACUCCCUGUUAAAUGAAAAAGUAUCGCUUGUUAUUUCUACUGGGAGAAUACAAGCUUUCAAUGUGUGGGAAAUAAAUGGAGUAUGUUUUCUUUUUACUUCUGAAGGAAAUUUAUUUUUCUUUUCUUUUUUUAAACUAUAUUGCAGGGAUGUGUGAACAUUCUGUUUCUGGCAUCUGUAGGUGAACUAUUAAGAACUUGGAAGAAGAUGCCCAAAGUUGAAAACAUGCCGAACAUCACCAUUAAUAAUGCUAUAACCUCUCCAAAUGUAAACUAUAUCCGUUGGAAAGUUCAUGGAGACUGGGUUACUCAGCUGAACUACUACGAUUCGAUGAAAGCCGUCAUUUCCAGCUCCAACCAUGAGUCCACCGCUCUAGUAAUAGGCUGCACUUUGGAAACGACAAAUGUAAAGCAAAAGAUGAAAGAGAUAAAGAAUCUUAGAAAAGAUGUCAAGACAAGAAAAGGCCAAACAUUCCUUGGUUUGCCCCAAAGGCGAGCAGAGUGUGAUCAAACAGUGUUCCGCAUCUACAAAGGAGUCAAGGCAUUUUCAUUCUGUAAGAGAAGGAACUUGCUGCUGACAGGUGGAAUGGAUCGAAUAAUUAGAGUCUGGAAUCCUUAUCUGCCUGGAAAGCCAACAGGUAUGCUGAGAAACCAUGCGGCUCCUGUGAGCUACAUCCAUGUGUCUGCUGAGGACAACAAAAUAUUUUCCAUGUCUGUGGACAACAUGAUCAAGAUCUGGGACCUGGAGACCUACUGCUGCCUGUUUACAGCCUCUUCCAAAGUCAGCGGCAUUAAGGGGGAGCUGGCAGCCUGCCUCUACCUCCCCGGGCCCCGAGCCCUGUGUGUGGCCACUGAUGCUGCUGCGCUCCUGUACCUGAGGCAGAGAUCUAUCCCGGAGCUUCACCUGGCACUUUCCCACCGGGAACCCGUGGUGUGCUGCAGGUACAACCCAACCUUCAGACAGGUGGUCAGCUGCUCAGAGGCGGCUAUGGUGAAAAUAUGGGACUUUGAAACAGGAAAACAGUUGUCUGAAUUUAUGGGGGCCCAUGGCAAUGCUGGGAUCACCUGUCUGACCUUUGACUCCAGUGGAAGAAGGCUAGUUACUGGGGGUAGAGAUGGCUGUCUGAAAAUAUGGAGCUACAACAAUGGACACUGUCUGCACACCCUGAAACGAGAUGGCAAACAAAAUGAAGUCUGUGAUUGUACCUACAUGGAGGUGAACCAGAAUAAGUGUAUUAUAGCUGUUGGAUGGGACAGAAGAAUAAAUGUAUAUUUUGACACACCACGUGACUUUCAUCACUUCUGGAAGCCACAGCCACCCUGGCAGGAUGACGUGAACCAUGGGCACAAGGAGGACAUUCUCUGUGUGGCUCAAUGCCCACCUUUUCUUCUUGCCACCUCCAGUUACGAUGGGGAGAUUAUAAUUUGGAAUGUCAUCUCAGGCCACAUAUACUGCAAGCUCAACACUCCCAGCCCCACUGAUGGCACAGAACACAGAGAAGGCCCAGACCGGAGUGUCUCCUGCCUCGCCUUCCUAAAGACUCGGGCAGCCCAGUUGGAAUCACCUGCUGCUUCUCUGCUAGCCAAUGGGCCUGAAGGUUCUGUCACUUUCUGGAGGCUGUUUGGUGGGGCUGGCCUCGUUGCAAACUUCACUCCUUCCAAAGGGCAAGCCCAGAUCAGCAGCAUUGCAGUGACAACAGGAGAUGCUCUCGCCUACCUGGCUGACCAGCAAGGCUUUGUGCAUAUCUACGACAUCAAGGAGUAUGGACUACAGGGACUGGAGCCACAGCCACCCAGGAAUGUGAUGUUCUGGAGAGCCCACAUCAGCAUGGUGACAUCUUUAGAACUGAUAGAAGAAGAAAAAGUUCUGCUGUCAUCCUCCCUUGACUGCACUGUGCGCUUAUGGAGCAGAGAUGGAGAGUUCAUAGGAACUUUUGGACAGAGCAACCCCUGGGAUAUUUUCACUCCUGCCUCCUGGAGCCAUCCAAGAAUCCCCUGUGAAAUUCUGACUGAUCCCCAGAGCAUGCCUGCUCACUCAGUGCUGGAAGGAGAUGUUCCCACUAUGCAUGAAGAGGGAGAGGCAGAGCAGGGCAAUGUAAGGGGCAGAAAGCCCUGUGCUGAUCCUGAGAAGACCUCUAAUCCUUGUUCACCAAAAGAUUUCAUCCUUGAAACUGAGACGAAAGAAGACAUAAACCAAUGGUAUGCAUUUUGUGAUGGCAAGUCGCCGCUGGCACAGAGCAAGCCUUCCCAGAGAGCGUCCGAGCCCGGAUGGCCCCGCAUCUACCAUACCCUCCGGUGUCAUGAAGUUGCCUGCGUGUCAGCUCUCAGAGAGAAGCCAGAUUUGUCUAUUAUUGGCUCGGACUUGUUUAAUUUAAAUUUUCCUACACAGGAAAAUGAAGGAAAUGAAGCUGUCCAGAAGGAGCUUUGA